AUGGGAUCUCUCGACGCCCCCUCGAGCGAGCACGGUAGCGUGUUCCAUCUGGGUUUCUCGAUGUAUAUAUCCCCGCAAUUAAGGAUCGGCUACGUAGCUAAUAGUUAGUACAGUUAGUACAUGACUCUCGAGACAGCGAGCGCAGCGGGUACCUGGCGGUCCGGGAAGGAAAUCAAAGAUUCGAAGGAGUGUUGUAGAUGGUUACUAGUAUAUUCGCCGCAAAUCACCGUCAACCGACUAGGAACGAACCAAUCUAUCUUCCUUGGCACCAACGUUCGACAGUCCUCCCUCCAGCCACAUGCCGCAGCGAGAAAGGCCCAACAGAGCAGAAGCAGAAGCAAAAGCAGUUGCCAGUUCAGGGCCGUGGCCGGUGUGUCCGACACCGUUCGUUGCUUCGGCUAAUGCAUGUAAGCCGCAAGCAACACAGCACAGCACAGCUCAGAACAGCACUGUACAACUCAGCACGGCUCAGCGCACAACUCAGCACACAUCACCCCUCGACUUCCUGUGUCCCUAGCCGCCCCAACGACGCCAGACCGCCGCCGACGACAUUCUUGCCCGGGUGCAUUCCAUUCCACUUUACUCCACUCCACUCCACUGCACUCCACUCGUCUCCGCUCCUUUCCGCUCCUCUCCGCUCCUCUCCACUCCAUCAAUCAACCGCCCACGGCGCCAACCCCGUACCCUCUGCGGCCACUCCCCAAUUACCCGUCUCGUUUUUCCUCUCGAUGAUCUGUACUAACUAUUCCUCGUCGCCCCGUUGGAAACACCUACCCAUCCACCCACCCACCCACCGAAAAGAAAGAAAAGAAAAAACACAAGCGCGUUCUAAGUAGCGAGACUCGUUUCUGCGGGGUGGAGGCUGUGGGGUCUGUCUGGCAGCGGAAUGGGGUGGAGGAUCAGGACAUGGGUAACUACUAGUAUCGAGGUUUUGCAACCCCGCCUUACUUACGUCCGUCUUAUUUUUGUCCGUAAUUAAGCACAAAAGUUUAGACGAGGUUUUGCAGCACCCGCCGUAACAUAUCGUUCUUGGCAUUGCACAACCCAUCAAAAACCAAAAAAAGUCGGUCGGGCCGCGG